AUGGCUUCGAACACUCCUGAAGAUCCCCAAAGUUCUUCGCCUCCAUUAAGACAACCUCGCCUGAUAAGUCAAUUAGCACGCAUCGAAGUGGAAGAACGCGAACGACCAAGGAAAAUGAGGUUGAUGUUUGGUGAACAUCAAGUGGUUUUUCUUCGAUCGGAUGGUUUGAGAAGUCGCAUGGCCCGUACAAACAAGAAAAACACUGAAGAGAGUAGCGCUUCAGAAGAUCCGGGAGCGGGAUCUUCUAAUCUGAGCGAAAUAAUUGAUGGCGUGGCUACAGGACGGAUCGGGACUGAAUCAUAUGAUUCUGUGAAUUCAUUAUCUACCUCGUCUUCCUCACCUACAAGUGUUGCUCCUAUAUCCACCACGAAUUUUGAAACAUCGGCGAUAGGUACCAAAGGUGGAACAUCCACUGAAUCGUUUGAAACGCGAACGAAAACAGGAAAUAGAAGUUAUCACCCUCCUCGUCAAUUUCAUGGAAUAUCCACAAUGGUGACACAUAAACGACGUUGGACUUACCAAACGGCAUGUAAUAUCAAUGCAGCUGAACAGAACAAUGAUAAUCAAAUAACGUACGUCUCCAAUCCAUUCCUCCCAUUGCCACGUGGAAAUAGACGAAAUGGAAUGUGUACUGCAACUCGUAUGAACUAUGCUGCUCAGCGAAUAGAUAACCGCAAAUACCGUGCACAAGCACAAGCUCAUCAUCAUAUCAUGAGUUCUGGUAACGAUGAUAGUGUUAGCUGUGAAAAAUGCAAGAUGAAAUAUUACUUUGAAUCCAUGAAAGCUCAGAAACUGAUUACAUAUGAAGAUAGUACAAAUGACGAAUUCCUCCCGAUAGUUCGUUUCAACUGCCCAGUUUGCAAGGAGCUAACAAAAGCUUCAUUCUAA